AGACACUGACCUACAAACAGCUUGAAGUAUCAGAGGGAGGAGGACGGAGUUUACAGGAGAAAACACCUCCUGCUGGGCUCGGAGAGCGGAGUGGGACAGUAGACGGACAGCUCAUGUGCGGUGCAGGUAGAGAAGAAACACGGAGAGUGUUGGCUAACUACUCUGGAGCUACAGUCAUUAGUGGCAGAGGGCUGAGGGAAGAGCAAAGAAGAAGAGAUGGACAAAGGAGGAGAAGGAGAAGAAUCGAACAGUAAAAUGGAGGACAAGACGCAAACUGAGGAAGAGGUGAGCGAGAGUGACAAGAAGCUUAAGGACCAGCGCAACAAGGCUGAAAAGGGGGACAAUGAGAAGGGCGAGAAGAAGAGAGAGAACCGCAGGUCUGGCUCCACAUGGAGAGGAGGCUGGGCGCUGUCUGAGCGACUGGCCAUCAACGUUUCAGGCAUGCGCUAUGAGACUCAGAUUCGAACCCUGGCCCAGUUCCCCGACUCUCUGCUUGGAGACCCUCGAAGGCGCCUGCGCUACUUUGACCCACUGCGCAACGAGAUCUUCCUGGACCGCAACCGAUUCUGCUUUGACGCUAUCCUGUACUUCUACCAGUCUGGAGGUCGAUUACGGCGGCCUGCCAAUGUGCCGCUGGACGUCUUCAUGGACGAACUGCGCUUUUAUGAGCUGGGAGAGGAUAUCAUGGCCCGCUUCAAGGAGGAUGAGGGCUUUCCCAAAGAGGAGCCCAGACCCCUACCGGAAAGUGAGUUCCAGCGCAAAAUUUGGAUGCUCUUUGAACACCCAGAGUCUUCUGGAGGUGCCCGUAUCAUCGCCAUCAUCAGCGUGAUGGUCAUUGUGGUCUCCAUCCUCAUCUUCUGUUUGGAGACACUGCCUGAUUUCAGAGUGGAGAAGGAGACGAGAGAGAAACUGGCAUACGAGGCUCACCUUGCCGGAAACAACACCUCCCACAUCUCCAUGUCCUCUCCCUUCCAUGACCCCUUCUUUCUGGUGGAAACCAUGUGCAUCUGCUGGUUCUCAUUUGAGCUAAUCAUGCGUUUCACCUGCUCCCCCAAUAAGAUGGUCUUCUUCAAGGAUGUGAUGAACAUCAUAGACUUCUUCGCCAUCAUUCCCUACUUCGUCACACUCGGCACCGAGCUGGCCAAGUCCAAGGGAGCAACGCCAUCCAUGUCCCUAGCCAUAGUAAGGGUCAUCCGUCUGGUCAGAGUUUUCCGAAUCUUCAAGCUCUCUCGCCACUCCAAAGGCCUGCAAAUCCUGGGCCAGACGCUGAAGGCCAGUUUGAGGGAGCUCGCGCUUCUCAUCUUCUUCCUCUUCAUCGGUGUCAUCCUGUUCUCCUCAGCCGCGUACUUUGCAGAGGUGGACAACCCAGAGACGGCCUUCACCAGCAUUCCAGAGGCCUUCUGGUGGGCUGUGGUUUCUAUGACGACAGUGGGGUAUGGAGAUAUGUAUCCAGUGACGGUGGGAGGAAAGCUGGUGGGCUCCAUGUGCGCCAUUGCAGGUGUGCUGACCAUCUCGCUUCCUGUUCCCGUCAUCGUUUCCAACUUCAGCUACUUCUACCAUCGGGAGAUGGAGUGCGAGGACAACCAGGAGUACACGCAUGUCAGCACUUCCCUUUGGGAGGAGGAGGAAGGUGAAGAGGAUGGAGAAAAUGGCGAGGAAGGGCCUGGGGAACAGGGAGAACAGGUUCCUCUUGAAGGAGGGACAGCUUACAGGGGGAACUGCGCCCCUCUUAAUGGGACUCUGCUGGCUGGGCUUUGUUCAGGCAAGGCUGGAGAGCAAAGUGUAGGAAGCAUUUAUCCAAUGGUCACUCAAGUCUGAAAGACUGGAGAUCAAGGAGGAGCAAUGAGAGAUGAUGGAGGUUGGCCAUGUUUAAAAAGGCACAGCCUCACUGUGACUCUCUGAAUAUAUGGAAAUGAUGAGAAGCAAUAAAAGGAGAAACAGAUAAUAAUUGCAGAGGAUGAGAAGGCAGAAAAUGCAGCAGUCAAAGGACAAGAAAAGUAUGAAUGUUGAUGUAACCUCCAUUCAAUGGGCUUUAUGCACAGCUAGUGUUUUUCAGCCAAUGAUGAACUUCCGGUGAGAGCUUUAUGUGACCAUUUUUAACUUCAUAAGGCUCCUUUUACAGCAUCGAUGUUGUAAUGUAAUUACAAUACAAUCAUUUCAAUAGACUUAAGCAUCCAUUUAGUUGUUAAAGCUAAAAAGGGAUGAAAGACUGUUUAAACACAGGCACCGUCAUUAGCAGCAGGCUAGAGCAGAAAUUCCAUUGAAAAUACUGGAGUAAAAUUAAUUUCCAUAUUUUAAAGACAUGGAGCAGAAAACUAUAAUUUAAUGCAGUGCUUCUUGUUUGGUCUGAUACCCACUUUAUAUCGUAUCUCAGCCAGGCAGUGAAGAUCGCUUUUCGUUUUUUAAAUAAAUCAAAUCUUAAACGCUGCCAUUUUGUAUGGGAUGACAAUUAACCGAAUGCACUGGAGCUGGCUGACUGAAAUUAAUAAUCCGUAAGCAUAUACCCCAUUUUAAAUGCUUUACACUUACAGGACUUUUAUUUUGUCAUUUAAACUUUUACACCAAGGGUGCCCAAACUAAAUCCUGGAAGGCUGGUGUCCUACAUAUUUUAGUUCCAACCCCAAUUAAAUAUACUUGAGCCAGCUAAUCAAGCUCUCUCUAGGUAUACGUCCAGGGAAGUGUGUUGAAGGAAGUUGGAGCUAAACUAUGCAGGACACUGGUCCUCCAGGACCGAGUUUGGACAUCUCUGUUUUACACUGACGGUGUUUUAAGUGAAACUAUUUUUUUUCUAUUGAAUUUUUGGGGAUGAUAGGACAGAAUUAAUACAAAAACAAUAAUAACAAAAUACAAAGCACUUGACUAUGAGUAGGUAUGAAAUGCAGAUGCAGUAGCCAAAAAAGGUCACAAAACGUAAAUAACAUCAGUAUAACUUUUCGAUUACACUUAUUUUUACAGUACAACCUUUAGACUGACUGUAUUUUGUUGUAUUUCUAUCUAUUAAUAUAAUUAAUAGAUGGUUAGAAGCUGGGGAAGUAAAAAGUGCAGAUACAGUAGCCAAAGGAAAAGAAAAGUAUAAAGUCACAAAAAUAUUGGGCAUGAUCUUGAUACUUUCCAGUUACAAAACUUUUAUUUUGACAUCACAAGACUGUUGUUUUUAUUGUCUAUUUAGAGAGUCGCAUAUAUAUGAAUCAUGGGAAGGAAUAUUUAUUUGAUCCUUUUUUAUAUAUUUUUUGUAAAUUGCUUUGGAUAAAAGCAUCUGCUAAAUUAAUAAAUGUAAUGAAAAUAAACAUAAAACAACAAUAAGCAAUUGAUGCAGAAGCUGAGGACGUACUAAAUACAGAUGUGGUAGCUUAAAGCACAAGAAAAGUAGUCACAAAAACAUCAGCAUGACGUCUUUUCUUCUCAGUUGCAAAGCUUUUAUUUUGACAUCGCAACCUUUAUUCUAUUUUUUUAAGUCAAACUAUUUUGAUCUAUAUAGAGAGUUAAAUAAGAGGCGGGGGUUAUUGGAAACAAAAAUAACAGAAAGACUUACGCAGAAGAUGAGAAGUAUGAAGAAGUCACAAAAAAUACUAACAUGACCUCCAUAAAACAUCUUCCUCACGUUCCAGUUUUGGAACUUUUAUUAUGAAAUUGCAACCUUUACAGUGAACCUUAAAUCACUGAAUGUAUUUUUUGUAAAGCUAUUUUUCUCUAUUUAAAGAGUGGAGCCUUAAUGCUUCGCUGAGCAUAAGCUGAGCUGUGUUGUGCAAUAUAAGCGUUUGCACCUUCGCUUUAAAGAUCUUACUGGAAUUCUCUGCAUAUAUAUAUGGGACUUAUUCAUAGGAAGAAGCGCCGUGUGGUGUCAUUUAAAUGUCAUGUAUUUUGUCACCCGGGUUGCGGCCAUGAAUGUGCCAGGGAUUUGUGUGUCGACGGACGGAUAAAGUCUUAAGCAUCAUUCAUCUGGAACAGUUUAGUGUUACUGCUGUACUGAGUAGUUUGUGAAUUCAAAAGCCUUAUAGAACAAUCUCUGCUGUUAUAUCGGGUGUGUAUGUGUGUGCUCUAUGAAUUGUGUAAAACUGAGCCAUGUUGGAAUAUUAUUUAUUAAAAUUUUUAAUCAAGCAAAAAUCA